AUGAGGAGCAAGGACCGCCUGCACGAGCUGCGGCGGCUGGCCAGCAGCAAGGGCCAGGAGUGUGAGGUGCUGGUGGAGCCUCCCGCGACCCGCCACCUGCACGCACACCUCGACGACCUGCUCAGGGAAGUGGAACAGAUCCGCGGCUGGGUUCAGGAGCUGGAGAGCAACACGCGGCUCAUCCGGCGUCUGCACUCCGACCCCACCUACCACAACGACAAACAGUUACAGGAGCAGCUGGACGCGCUGGUGACCCGCUCCAACGCUCUGGGCAGCAAGGCGCUGGGCGCGCUCCGCCAGCUGGAGGCUCGCGGGCGGGAGGCGGGCGGCGGGCUGGAGGCGCGGGUGGUGCGGCUGCAGUACUGCGCCACACGACGCCUCACCUCCGACGCGCUCCACCGACACACGCACGCGCUGCAGCUGCUCAAGGACUAUCAGCUCAGCUUGCUGAAGGACCAAAUAAACAUCGCAAACCUCGCAAUAACAGAUGAAGAAUGUGAACAACUGUUGGAGUCAAAUAACGUUUCAUUGUUCGUGGAUAAUUUACGCGCGGAGACGGCGGAGGCUCGCCUGGCUCUGCGCGAGGCGGAGGCGCGUCGGGACGAGCUGCACAGAGUGGAGGCCUCGCUCAACACUGUGAGGGACCUGUUCACACAGCUGGCACAUCUGGUCGCCGCGCAGCAAGAGCAUUUGGACAGCGUCGAGUACUUUGCUUCCCAGGCGACGGAACAUGUGGAGUGUGGAGGUCAGGAACUACUCAAGGGUACGAUCAGCCGCAAGAGAGCCAAAAAGGAACAUCUCGUCAUGAUGACCAUCAACAGGAACAUGACAAAAGCGUUCAUUGUUUUAACUGCAACCUAUUCGCAACAGAACGGUCUUAGAGCCCUCGACCAGACAAGACCGUGA